GUAUUCGUUAAAAACCCAAUCUGUUAGCUUGUUAUAUUUAAUAUAACUUUGUUAUUAUAUAACCCAAAAUGACCAUCAAUUUUCUUAUAGUAGAUUUAUUAAUUCAAAAAAUAGAAUUGUUUUUAGUUAUUAAAUUAUAUAUGUACAUAAGCGAUAUUAUUUUUCAAAGUCAACAUCUUACACCAUACAUAUUAAUGCACCUUGACUGUAUAGAAAAAAAGCAACUUGCACUGUGUUAUAAGAACGAUAACAAAAAAUUAUCAUAUUUUCAAAAGAAGAGUAUUAUUAUUUUUCCAAGAAAAAAAACAGGAAUGACUGAAAUAACGCGUCGAAGGUGCAUAAUUUAUAUCAAAGCUGUCCUUGUAACCCAGCUGCUAAGUGCCUAUUUCCUAUUUCAUUUAAGAUGCAAAGCAUCUUCUAGGUAAAGUGAUGCAGUUCAACCGUGAACCAAGUCAAACAGUUUAGUAGAGCAGAUACGGACAAAUACGUUUAACUGAAAUUCGCGAAUUAAUCGCAGCAAUUAUAAGUAACAAUGCCAACGUCACACUCGAUUUUAUCAAUUAUCUCUACUACACUGAUAAGAUAGAUAACAAAAAGAUACUUUAUGUACUGAAUUGGUGGAAUUAUCAGUUGUAUACCGAUGCUCAAGCAAUACUCAUCAUGGUCCGUGAUCGAAUGCCAGAACUACGUGCUUGUCAAAAUAAUAGCACUACAUUUGGUAAAGGAUUUUUACAGGAUGUACACAUUCAAAUAUCCCAGAAUAAAAAACUGAAAGAAGUAUUGAAUGAAGUUGAAGAAGUUCGUGCUUUAAUUGAAGUCAUAACUGAGAACAUCUCAAUCAUAAAGGAUUUACACAACAAUGUUCUCGCGUAUACCAAUAAGGGUAAGAAUAAAAUACCAAAUGUUGUAAUUGUCGAGGUAAGUAUUAAUAAAAUACUUCUUUCAGACAUGCAAAAAGAACUGGAAAAUCGAACAUAUACUGUUUCGCAAACAUCGUUUCGUAUUCAACGGAAAUUAAGAGAAAUGGGAAAGGAAAUCGCUUCUAUUGAUGACUUAACAUUAUCUAGCGCAAACGACGGACCGAUACAUAUACGAAUUAAAGCAUUACAAUACACAACAAUGUUGCGAUUAUUUUCCGAAAUUAUGGAAGAAUACAAUAUAUCCAUGUUAAGAUAUCACGAAAAAUGUCGUUUACUUUUACAGCAACAAAAAAUAUUAAUCAGAAAGCGUAUUACAAGUGAAGAAUUAGAAAAACUAUUGGAUAAUCAAGGAAAUAGUUUAUUUGUUGAUAAUAUCUUAGAAGAUAGCAGAAUUGCAAGACAGCAGUUAUCAGAUAUUCAAAUUAGGCACAAUGAUAUAAUAAAAAUAGAAAAGUCCAUAACUGAAGUUAGGGAUAUGUUUACUGAAAUGGCAUUUCUUAUUGAAAAACAAGGAGACCAGUUGAAUAGCGUAGAAUACUUUGCCGGGAAAACGGCAGAUAAUGUUGAUAGCGGUCGCACAGAUCUUAAGAAAGCAGAACAACACAGUCACAGACACAGAAAGAGAAAAAUUAAGCUCUGUAUAAUAAUCAGCAUAAUAAUUAUUGUUUUCUUGCUGAUAAUCAUAUUUGUAUAGAAACCAAUAUAAAACUUUGUGAAAAUAAAAUUUUACUGCAUUUUAA